CCCAAAGAAAGCCCACGAGUUUUAACACGCAAAACUUACACCAAAUUUUAAGAAACGCCCAGAAUUUUCUCGAAUAACCUAAUAGGCUAAUACCCAUAAAAUACUAACAAUUAGGAAACACGCGGGAAAUAAACGGAAACCCAAUCCAACGGCCAGGAACUCCCCGCGCUGAACCUUCUGGAAAAUACAGAAAUGCUUCUUUUCCCUUCUCCUCUGUACUAUAUAUUCCCAAACUCCAUCUUCCCCCAAACAACAGUCAAUUCUUUGCAACAAGCGUAUCUCCAAAGUUUUCUGAUUUUCUACUUUUCCGAUUUUGAGUUGUUUUUCUUUUGGUUUUUGUUGGGAGAGGUUUCGAUCGUAUUGAUUUGAUUGAGGAUAAUUAAUGGCUGGAGGAAAAAGCGAAGGUCCGGCGAUCGGAAUUGAUUUGGGGACCACGUAUUCAUGUGUUGGGGUUUGGCAACAUGACAGGGUUGAGAUCAUUGCCAAUGAUCAGGGCAACAGGACGACUCCGUCUUAUGUUGCUUUCACUGAUACUGAGCGUCUCAUUGGUGAUGCUGCCAAGAACCAGGUUGCUAUGAAUCCAACCAACACUGUUUUCGAUGCUAAGCGUUUGAUUGGAAGGAGAUUCAGUGACCCAUCCGUGCAGGCUGACAUGAAGCUAUGGCCCUUCAAGGUCAUAGCUGGCCCUGGAGACAAACCAAUGAUCGUAGUCACCCACAAAGGCGAGGAAAAGCAGUUCGCUGCUGAGGAAAUCUCAUCAAUGGUUCUCAUAAAGAUGAGGGAAAUUGCGGAAGCCUAUCUGGGGACAACAGUCAAGGACGCAGUGGUUACUGUCCCUGCUUACUUUAAUGAUUCGCAGCGCCAGGCGACCAAGGAUGCUGGUGUAAUUGCUGGCCUGAAUGUGAUGAGGAUCAUCAAUGAGCCAACGGCCGCUGCCAUUGCUUACGGGCUAGAUAAGAAAGCCAGCAGCGCUGGAGAGAAGAAUGUUUUGAUUUUUGAUUUGGGUGGUGGAACUUUUGAUGUUUCACUUCUGACAAUUGAGGAAGGAAUCUUCGAAGUCAAGGCCACAGCUGGGGAUACUCACUUGGGAGGAGAAGAUUUUGAUAACAGGAUGGUGAAUCAUUUCGUGCAGGAGUUUAAGAGGAAGCACAAGAAGGAUAUUAGCGGGAAUCCAAGAGCUUUGAGGAGAUUGAGAACUGCUUGUGAAAGGGCAAAGAGGACACUGUCUUCAACGGCUCAAACUACAAUUGAGAUCGAUUCCUUGUUUGAAGGAAUUGAUUUCUACACCACAAUCACUCGGGCUAGGUUUGAAGAACUCAACAUGGAUUUGUUCAGAAAGUGUAUGGAUCCAGUUGAAAAGUGUUUGAGGGAUGCAAAGAUGGAUAAGAGCAGUGUGCACGAUGUUGUACUUGUUGGAGGCUCAACGAGGAUUCCUAAAGUUCAGCAAUUGUUGCAGGACUUCUUCAAUGGCAAGGAGCUGUGCAAAAGUAUCAACCCUGAUGAAGCUGUUGCCUAUGGGGCUGCUGUACAGGCUGCAAUUUUGGGUGGUGAAAAGAACGAGAAAGUGCAGGACAUACUGCUGUUGGACGUUACUCCCUUGUCCCUUGGUUUGGAAACAGCUGGUGGAGUCAUGACUGUUUUAAUUCCCAGGAACACAACGAUACCCACCAAGAAAGAGCAAGUUUUCUCUACCUACUCAGAUAACCAACCUGGAGUCUUGAUCCAGGUCUAUGAAGGUGAGAGAGCCAGGACUAAAGACAACAACUUGCUAGGGAAGUUCGAAUUGAGUGGAAUCCCACCUGCACCUCGUGGUGUCCCUCAGAUCAACGUCUGUUUUGACAUUGAUGCCAAUGGAAUCCUCAAUGUAUCUGCUGAGGAUAAAACCACAGGUCAAAAGAACAAGAUCACAAUCACCAAUGACAAGGGCAGGCUAUCAAAGGAAGAGAUCGAGAGGAUGGUGCAAGAGGCAGAGAAAUACAGAUCAGAGGACGAAGAGCACAAGAAGAAGGUGGAUGCCAAGAAUGCCUUGGAGAAUUAUGCUUACAACAUGAGGAACACAAUCAAAGAUGAGAAAAUUAGUGCUAAACUUGCACCUGCUGAUAAAAAGAAGAUUGAGGAUGCUGUGGAAGAGGCUAUCAAGUGGCUUGAUGGUAAUCAGCUUGCUGAGGCUGAUGAAUUCGAGGACAGGAUGAAGGAGUUGGAAUCCCUGUGUAAUCCCAUCAUAGCUAAGAUGUAUCAGGGUGGUGCCGAUGGUGGCAUGGGCGGAGCUAUGGAUGAAGAUGGUCCAACUCCUGGUGCUGGACCUAAGAUUGAGGAGGUUGAUUAGAUCAGGAAAUUGAUGUAGAUGGAUUCUGUUUUUUUGUAUGAUGCCGUGUUCUUUUUCUUCUUCAAGAUUCUUGUAAUUUGGAGAAAUUUGCUCUAAGUAGUUGUCAUAAUUGAAAAUAUUUUUCUUCUGAUACUCGCAUUGGCUCUUCGAAUUGGACGCUUUCUUUUUACUGCCUUUUAGUUUAGAAGGGUUCUAGCUAGGGGGUAGCUAAAACCACGAUGAAUUUCACAAAAAUCAUUAUUUAACUGUCAACAGUCAGAAAUCUCAAAAUCCAAAUCUAUUUA